AUGCACCGACAGAUCUUUCGCUACGCACGCGACGUCCACGCCAGACGGGCUGCACGCGCUGUCAAGACACGACCGCAUGUGCGAUCCCACCUAUUUUCCAGCCCCGUCGCUGUCCAGCAGACCAAUUUGCUCAUCAACGGCGUCUUCGUGCCGUCCCACUCGGGCAAAACCUUCGAGAUGUUCAUUCUGGCAACCAAAGAGAAGAUCGCCGAAGGGGCAGACGCGUUCUCCGCCGACAUUGAUGCGGACGUCGAGGCUGCCCGUGCAGCCUUUUGA